CGUCCCCAAGCAACAAAAUACAGACUCUCUCACUCUCUCUCUCUCUCUCUCUCUGACCAACCCAAUCCCUUUGCUCUCUUUUUCUUUCUCUCUUUCUUGCGAGUUUCCUCUGUUUAAGGCGGUUUUGCUAAAAUAAAAGGAAGGUUUUGAGAGAAACAGAGGCUAGGAAACAAUGAUGCGACGGAGAGAAAUCGCUCCGUUCAACGACUUUGGGACGGAUGACAUUGAGGCCGCCGAUGUCUUGCUCAUGCUCCAUUUGCCGCGUGUAUUCCUUAAGGUGGAGUCGGAGAGUUGCUGUGGACUUUUUCCGUCAUGGGCCGUGAAGAGAAGGAGAUCUUACGGCCGUUCAAUGCAAUCUUUCCUUGUGCUUCGUCCUGGGAUCACUGGGUCUGGUGGGGUGGGUCCCAAGUGUGAGCCGGGAGGUGCACCGGCGGCCAAGGCCGAGGCUUUGAGUCCGGGGACCCCUCUUUCCUUCCCGCCCAGUAGCGAAUCGGACGACAAGCCCAAGAAAGACCGGAAAAGAAAAUUCCCUCUGAAAAGGAAGAGAGAGGAGUGGCUGGUGAUUAUGGACGGAUUAACUCAGGACAGGGCUUCGCUAAAAGAGGAAAUUGAGAAUAUGAGGCGUAAAUGCGAGAGCUUGAGAGCUUUCAAUUUGGAGUUGAAGGCAAAGUUAAGCCCUGGCCCCUGUUUGGAAACCGGUAAAAUUGGUGCUGAAGAAAAUAAAGAGACGGCUCAGAUUGGUCAGCUGCAGCCCUCGUUGCCGCCAUCUAGCACUGGAUUUGGCGUGGCCCACUGCAUCAUGGGUCCAUCUGGUCUUCCUGAUCUCAACCUCUGUGCAGAGGGGACGGUUGGGAUUGACUCUUACGGACCGUUCGAUCUCAACCUGGCCAACAAGAAUUUUAGUCGGACUAUGGCGGCUCAAGCCAGACAGAGGAGGACGCUGAUUCGGAGGAUCAAGAAACUCCAACAAUGCGGCUAAUAACACGAAUAGAUGAGAGAUUACUGUAUUAGUAGCCUAUUAAUAUUUUUAAUUGGGUUUUAUCUUCGAGGGAAGAUUUUGUUUAUCGGGUAUUUUUAGUGUUUUUAGGCAAUAUUUGUUGCUUGGCUAUCCGGAUGUAAAUUGGGAUAGCUCCAUAAUUUUUGGUCUAUUGAAGGAAGGUUUCUAUAAUGAGAUAGUUAUUUUUAUUUUUA